AGUGGAGCUGUUGUGCAUUUUAAAAUUAUAAAUAAUUAGAUUCCUUUUUUUUAUUUAUAGAUACAUUUUGUAGACAAUAUCCUAAUACUUAUUAGUUAAAAAUGUCUGACGACGAGGUUAUACGCUUUGAAAUUACUGACUAUGAUUUAGAUAACGAAUUUAAUCCUAAUAGAAACCGAAAAGCUAAAAAAGAACAUCAGAUAUAUGGUAUAUGGGCAAAAGACAGUGAUGAAGAAGAUAAUGAAGAUAACAUUAGGCAGAAGAGUCGUAAGCCAAAAGACUUCUCUGCUCCUAUUGGCUUUGUAGCAGGAGGUGUGCAACAGGCGGGCAAGAAAAAGGAAGAGAAAAAAAAAGAAUUAUUAGAAAAGUCAGAAGCAUCUACAUCACGGCCCAAGUUUGCAGAUAGCUCAGAUGAGGAUGAACCAGCAAAUCCAGAUGAAAGGGAAACUGCAGGAAUCCGUCGUGCAGGGCAAGGUUUAAGGGGAGUCAACCUCGGAGGCAGUGUUGGAGCAUGGGAAAAACAUACCAAAGGGAUUGGUGCAAAGCUUUUGUUACAGAUGGGAUACCAACCUGGAAGAGGUUUGGGUAAAGAUCUACAGGGUAUAUCAGCACCUGUAGAGGCUACUGUUAGAAAAGGAAGAGGAGCAAUCGGGGCUUAUGGACCUGAGAAAGCAGCUCAAAAAGCGAAAAAAGAUGAGGAGCGUCGUCAGAAAGAGAAAGAUAAAGAGGAAGAAGGCAGCAAGGAGAAGACAUGUAACUGGAAAAAGUCUCACAAGGGUCGCUACUUCUACAGGGACGCGGCAGAUGUCAUACAGGAGGGUAAACCGACCAUGCAUACUAUUAGCAGCGACGAGCUGGCCCGCGUGCCGGUCAUCGACCUGACGGGUCGCGAGCGCAAGGUGCUGAGCGGCUACCACGCGCUGCGCGCCGCCGCGCCGCGCUACGAGCACGAGCCGCGCCGCCUGUGCACGCGCUUCCGGGCGCCCGAGCUGGCGCACAACCUGCAGCUCGCGGUGGACUGCUGCGAGCAGGACAUCAUCCGCAACGCGCGCGAGCUGCAGCGGGCCGACGACGAGAUCGUGGCGCUGGGCCGCGACCUGGACGGCGCCGACGCCGAGCUGCGCCGGGAGGACGACGUCAUCGACAGGGUGCAGGCCAUCCUCGCGCGCGUGCGGCGCCUCAACGAGCCCGACGCCUCGCUGGAGACCGCCCACGACGUGCUCUCGGACUUGAAGAGGACGUUCCCGCUCGAGUACGACAUGUUCGGUCUCGGGACCAUCGGCGGCAACAUCGUCAGCCCGCUGUUCAGCGCGAUGAUGGCCAAGUGGGACCCGCUUCAGAACCCCGCCGAGCCCGUGCCCACCUUCCUGAGGUGGCGGCCGCUGCUCACCGACGAGGCCUACAACACGCUGCUGUGGCAGCACCUCGUGCCGCACAUCGCCACCGCCGCAGAGUCGUGGGAGCCGCGCUCGCCGGCGCCCAUGGUGGCGGCGCUGGAGGCGUGGCGCGAGGCGUGCCCGGCGUGGGUGCUGCGCGCGUGCGCGGCGCGGCACGUGGCGCCGCGGCUGCUGGACGCCGUGCGCGCGUGGGACCCCACCCGCGACACGCUGCCCGUGCACCGCUGGGUGCUGCCGUGGCACGCGCUGGCGGGCGAGGCGCUGGCGGCGGCCGUGUACCCGCUGAUCCGCUCGCGGCUGUCGGCGGCGCUGGCGGCGUGGCACCCGGCCGACGCGUCGGCGCGCCCGCUGCUGGCGGCGUGGCGGGAGGCGUGGGGGCCGGCGCUCGUGCCGCUGCUGCACCACCACGUGCUGCCCAAGCUGGAGCACUGCCUGCGCGCCGCGCCCGUCGAGCUCGUCGGACGCGAGAACGCGGCGUGGCUGUGGUGCGUGCCGUGGCUGGAGCUGCUGGGCGCGGCGGCGCUGGGCUCGCUGGCGGCGCGCGCGCUGCUGCCGCGCUGGCUGGGCGCGCUGGCCGCGUGGCUCAACUCGGCGCCGCCGCACGCCACCGUGCUCGCCUCGUACUCCGCCUUCCGCAAAAUGUUUCCAGAAGAGGUUCUGAAAGAGCCUGUGGUACGUGACGCAUUCAGGAAAGCAUUGGAUAUGAUGAACCGAAGCACUGACAUCGAGUCCAUGGAACCACCCCCACCGCCUCGAUUCACACCUUCAGACUCGAAGGAUACCUCCAAAAUGGACAUAUUGGCGUCAGUGGCACAGCAGAAGAGCUUCUCCGAACUUCUAGAAUCUAGAUGUAUAGAAAAGGGGAUAACAUUCGUCCCCAUCGCAGGGAAAUUAAGGGAGGGGCGGCCCCUGUAUAAGAUCGGGAAGUUACAAUGUUAUGUUAUACGCAAUGUGAUAAUGUAUUCCAAUGAUGGGGGCAGGACGUUCGCUCCCAUAGGCUUGGACAGGCUGCUGAGUUUAGUAGAAGAUUGAAUUAAAUAAAUAUAUUAAGACAUA